AUGCCUCUCAUGGAUAUUAAGCACAUUGUCGAUGAUGAGAGGGUUCAUUGGGCGCUCUUCCUAGUCAUCACCGGGUUGUCGGCCUACCCGGAUAUCAGAUCUAGUCUUCAAUGUGGAAAGUAUUACAAGCCUUGGAAGCAAACCACCCCAAUCGUGAUCGUGUCCACAAAGAAGGACAUCGCUGAGUUUAGCGAGGCAGGAUGUCUCUCACAGCGAGCUGUUUACGCUGAUAUGUUUGGUUUCAAGCACACCAUGAACAAGUAUGAACACAACACCAAUGCGUAUAGAGUGAUCAGGACACGUCUUUUCAGUCGAGUUCUUCAAGUCAACGGACCAAAUCACCUUAGUGCCCUCUAUCCGCGUCUCCUCGCUCAGUUGGACAGCAGUCUAGCCAAAGAGCUUCACAACGGACGCGCACUCAAUGGUUGGACCCUCAAUGCGGAUACUCUUGAGAUCAACAUGGCGCUGACUGAUAGAUCAGAAGGAACCUCCUUGCCUGUUGCACAGACAGUCCGCCGGCUAGCCUCGAAGCUCAUGAGCAUCAUGUUCUUUGGUGAAAACCUUGCUUCUGAUGAGAAAUUCUCCAACGCACUCCUACGCUAUCCUCGAGAUAUAGUUAGGUGCAUGGCUGCCUUUCAGAUCACGCCAUCAUUGAUGUCUCCUGUUGUGCAUAUGUUUCUCACAAACCGGGGUGAGGCCAUGCGCCUGAUCCAGGGCCGCCUUUUUGAGUACAUGGGACCGGGCCGCUCUAAUUGGGAUGAACCCGAUCUCACUAAACGUCUUACCAUUAUGCACAAUAUGACUGAAUUAGCUGAUGACAGCGACUACUGGAAUCCUGAGCUACUUUCGCAAUCUCUCCUGGGAAUUUGGUUUGCGGCCUCUCAUCAGCCGUGGAUGAAUCUGCACUUCAUUAUACUGGAGCUAUGUGCACGGAAGGAAUGGCAAGUCUCGCUUCGUCAGGAGCUAGAGCAGCAUCUUCCGCUUGACUAUGAAACUUUGGAGCAGUUACCUCUUCUGGACAGCUUUAUCAAGGAAACUGUCAGGCUCAACCCACUGGAUACACUUGCCAUCCGCCGAAAAGCACUGGAGCCUUAUACCUUCUCUAAUGGCACCUUGUCCGUCCCGAAAGGCGCCACAGUCUGCGUGUCAGCGUAUAAUCUCAUGCACAACCCGGAAACUUAUCCUGGACCCGAUUCCUUCGAACCUGCUCGAUUUCUACCGGAUAAUCCUAAAGAUCAGCAGCGGAAAUUCACAGAAAUCUCAGAGACAUUUCCCGUGUGGGGUUAUGGAUCUCUCGCAUGUCCCGGUAGGAUUCAUGCCUCAUUGGUGAUCAAGAUGGUGGUAUCGCAGUUGCUCAUGAAGUAUAAUCUGAGGCUCAAAGAUGAGAACGCACGGACAAGGUGGUCCUGGGAAACAUUCACAAUGCCGUAUGAAUCCACACAGUUCAUUUUAGAGCAAUUGUGA